AGAUCUGUUGAUCCAGUGAGCUUCCAGCAACAAGGAUGAAGAUCCGUCGUCCAUUCAAAACUCUGAGCUGGUUCUCCUUUGUCUCCUUAGCAGCUACAGUUCAAUUAAUUAACCACGUCAAGGCACAAGUGGCCCCGCCAUCCAGAUUAAGAUAUACUGUAGUUAAUCAUGACAGUAUUCAGAUUUCAUGGAAGGCUUCUAAAGGGCAGAUCGAUGGGUAUAAACUUCUCGUCACCCCAAAUUCAGGUGGAAAAACCGAUGAGCUCACUCUUCCGAACAAUGCAAACAAAGCAAUUAUUCAAGGUCUUCUCCCAGACCAGAGCUAUACAGUUCAGAUAGUGGCCUUUGCGAAAAACCAAGAUAGUAAAGCCACCCAAGGCCAGUUCCGAAUUAAAGAUAUUGAGAAAAGGAAGGACGCUACCGGUAAAUCUAAGGUGAAAGAUGUAGGUACGUGGAGACCUGCCAGCCCGACAAUGGAUACCAUAUCUCCAGAAGCAGAAAACCAGUUUAAAUGCAAAACCCCAGCCAUUGCAGACAUUGUGAUCCUAGUCGAUGGAUCCUGGAGCAUUGGCAGAUUCAACUUCAGGCUUGUGCGCCUUUUCCUGGAGAAUCUGGUUGAGGCCUUCAACGUGGGCUCUGAAAAGACAAGAAUAGGACUUGCCCAGUACAGCGGUGAUCCCCGGAUAGAAUGGCAUUUGAAUGCCUACAGUACAAAAGAUGCUGUCUUAGAUGCAGUACGGAACCUACCCUAUAAGGGUGGGAACACCUUAACAGGCCUUGCUUUAACUUUCAUUUUGGAGAAUAACUUUAAACCUGAGGCUGGUGCAAGACCGGGGGUUCCAAAAAUCGGUAUAUUGAUCACAGAUGGGAAAUCCCAAGAUGAUGUGAUCCCGCCUGCAAAAAACUUGCGAGAUGCUGGCAUUGAAUUGUUUGCUAUUGGUGUUAAGAAUGCUGAUGAGAAUGAGUUGAAGGAGAUCGCCUCUGAACCCGACAGCAGUCACGUCUACAACGUUGCCGACUUCAGUUUUAUGAAUUCGAUUGUGGAAGGCCUUACGAAAACUGUGUGCUCCAGAGUGGAAGAGCAGGAGAAGGAAAUAAAAGGGACCCUGAUAGCCACAGUUGGGGCUCCUUCAGAUCUAGUCACAUCUGAGGUGACGGCCAGAGGAUUCCGUGUGAGUUGGACCCAUGCGCCAGGAAAAGUGGAAAAAUACAGAGUUGUCUACUAUCCUACAAGAGGAGGGCAGCCAGAGGAGGUUGUGGUGGAUGGCACUGUUUCAACAGCAGUUCUGAAAAACCUGAUGUCAUUAACUGAGUACCAGAUAGCUGUAUUUGCCAUAUAUAUCAGCUCUGCCAGUGAGGGACUCCGGGGCACCGAAACAACACUGGCUUUACCAAUGGCCUCCGACCUGGAGUUGUAUGACGUGUCUCAUAGCAGCAUGAAAGCAAAGUGGAAUGGCGUAUCAGGAGCAACUGGGUAUAUGGUUCUGUAUGCUCCUCUUACUGAUGGGCUAGCGGCAGAUGAAAAGGAGCUGAAACUUGGAGAAAGCUCAAGAGAUAUUGAGCUGGAGGGAUUGCUGCCCAAUACAGAAUAUACAGUCACAGUUUAUGCAAUGUUUGGAGAAGAAGCCAGUGAUCCUCUUACUGGACAAGAAACGACAUUGCCUUUAAACCCACCACGAAACUUGAGGUUUUCAAAUAUUGAACACAGUUCAGCCAAGGUGUCCUGGGAUCCUGCUUCUAAAAAAGUGAACGGUUAUCGCAUUAUGUAUGUCAAGACAGAUGGAACAGAAACCAACGAGGAGGAGGUUGGUCAUGUUUCAACCCACACGCUAAAGAGUUUGACAUCCCUCACGGAGUAUACCGUUGCAAUUUUCUCCCUCUAUGAUGAAGGGCAAUCGGAGCCACUUACUGGCAGCUUCACCACGAAAAAAGUUCCAGCCCCUCAAUACUUGGAAAUCGAUGAAGUAUCCACAGAUAGUUUUAGAGCCAACUGGAAGCCGCCAUCCUCUGACGUAGCCCUUUAUCGACUAGCCUGGAUUCCAUUGGGCGGGGAAGACGCUGAGGAGAUUGUCUUAAGUGGAGAGACGGACACGUAUGAGAUUGAAGGUUUGGUGCCUGGCACGGAGUAUGAGGUGUCUUUGGUGGCGCUUUUUGAUGAUGAAAGUGAAAGCGAUGUCAUCGCUGUUCUGGGGACCACACUUGACAGGAUUACUACUGAAAUGACCACUGUAACCACCACCAGUACCACGACUUCACGACCUACAACUGCAGUCAUUCGAACGGGAAUUAGAAAUCUUGCUAUAGAUGAUGAAACCACAUCAAGCUUGAGGGUGAAAUGGGAUAUUUUGGACUACAACGUUCGUCAGUUCAGGGUGACGUACCUUACUGCUGUUGGUGACCGUGCUGAGGAAGCGGUAAGAACGGUAAUGGUUCCUGCGAGACAAAACAGUUUGCUUCUCCAGCCCCUGCUCUCAGACGCAGAAUAUAAAGUUACAGUCACUCCCAUCUAUUCCGAUGGGGAAGGUGUCAGUUUGUCAAUCCCAGGAAAAACCUUGCCACUCUCUGCUCCAAGAAAUCUGAGGGUCUCUGAGGAAUGGUACAACAGAUUGCGCAUUAGCUGGGAUGCCCCUCCGUCGCCCACAAUGGGAUACAGAAUAGUAUAUAAGCCCGUGAACAUCCCUGGGCCAGCCCUAGAGACCUUUGUGGGUGAUGAUAUCAGCACCAUUCUUAUUUUGAAUUUACUCAGUGGAACCGAAUACAGCAUUAAAGUAUUUGCUUCAUACUCAACGGGAUUCAGUGAUGCUUUGGCGGGUGUAGCCAAAACAUUAUACUUGGGAGUGACAAAUCUGGGGGCUUACCAGGUACGCAUGACAAGCCUAUGUGUCCAUUGGCAGCUUCAGAGGCACGCGACUGUAUACAGAGUAGAGAUAGAAUCUCUUGCAGAUGGAACAAAGAGGGAAGUACUACUGGGUGGCGGGACCCCAAGGCAUUGCUUCUUUGAGCUGAUUCCUGGUACUGAGUAUAAAGUCAGUGUUUAUACACAGCUGCAAGAAAUAGAGGGCUCGCCAGUUAGCAUCAUGGAGACAACGUUACCAUUCCCCACUCAACCACCACCAACUCCUCCAACUACCACCCCACCGCCUACAAUUCCUCCUGCAAAGGAAGUUUGCAAAGCUGCGAAGGCUGACCUUGUGUUUUUGGUGGACGGUUCAUGGAGUAUCGGAGAUGACAAUUUCAACAAAAUAAUUGCCUUUCUGUAUAGCACUGUGGGUGCUCUUGACAAAAUUGGCCCUGAUGGAACACAGGUAGCAAUUGCUCAGUUCAGUGAUGAUCCCCGGACGGAAUUUAAGCUGAAUGCCUACAGAAGUAAGGAGACUCUCCUGGAGGCCAUCCAACAGAUAGCCUAUAAAGGAGGAAACACCAAAACUGGCAAGGCUAUUAAGCAUGCACAGCAGGCCUUAUUCACCACCGAAUCAGGGACCAGAAAGGGAAUUCCAAAGGUUUUGGUGGUGAUCACAGAUGGGCGAUCACAGGAUGAUGUGAACAAAGUCUCCAGAGAGAUGCAACUAGAUGGGUUCAGUAUAUUUGCCAUUGGAGUGGCAGAUGCUGACUAUUCAGAACUGGUAAACAUCGGCAGCAAACCUAGUGACAGGCACGUCUUCUUUGUGGAUGAUUUCGACGCCUUCAAGAAGAUUGAAGAUGAACUGAUCACUUUUGUGUGUGAAACUGCAUCAGCAACUUGCCCACUGGUUUAUAAAGAUGGCAACAGUCUUGCUGGAUUUAAAAUGAUGGAGAUGUUUGGUUUGGUUGAAAAGGAGUUUGCAACUGUGGAAGGGGUUUCCAUGGAGCCUGGAACAUUUAAUGCAUACUCUUGUUACAGCCUACAUAAAGAUGCCUUGGUCUCCCAGCCAACCAAAUACUUGCACCCUGAGGGGCUUCCUUCAGACUACACCAUUACCUUUCUCUUCCGUGUUCUGCCUGAAACACCUGAGGAACCGUUUGCUCUCUGGGAGAUUUUAAAUGAAGAAUACGAGCCAUUGGUCGGAGUGAUUUUAGACAAUGGCGGGAAAACCCUCACUUUCUUCAAUUAUGACUACAAAGGUGAAUUCCAGACUGUCACAUUUGAAGGACCUGAUAUAAAGAAAAUAUUUCAUGGAAGUUUCCAUAAGGUGCAUGUUGUUAUUAGCAAAACGGCAGCUAAAAUAGUGAUUGACUGCAAACAAGUGGGCGAGAAAACGAUCAACGCAGCUGGCAAUAUCACCUCUGGGGGGAUUGAAGUAUUGGGAAGAAUGGUCCGAUCCAGAGGUCCAAGGGACAAUUCUGCACCGUUCCAGUUGCAGAUGUUUGAUAUCGUUUGUACCACUUCAUGGGCUAAUAGAGAUAAAUGCUGUGAACUUCCAGGACUGAGAGAUGAAGAAAGUUGCCCCUCCCUUCCUUAUGCUUGUUCCUGUUCUGAAGUCAGCAGAGGUCCUCAGGGCCCCCCCGGGCAACCGGGUGGACCAGGCCUCAGAGGUCCAAAGGGAAACCGUGGUGAAUAUGGUCCAAAGGGGCCAGAUGGACCCCGGGGCGAAAUUGGAGCUCCUGGUCCUCAAGGACCUCCUGGGCCACAGGGGCCAAGUGGACUUUCUAUUCAAGGACUUCCGGGACCAAUUGGUGAAAAAGGAGAAAAAGGAGAAGAUGGUCGUCCUGGCAUACAGGGUGUCAUGGGACCAUCUGGACCCCCAGGACGAGACGGAAACCAGGGCCCAAGGGGCCUGCCUGGGAAAGACGGACCCACAGGAUCUCAAGGAGCCCCAGGACCUGCAGGGAUACCUGGCGCUCCAGGUGUGCCAGGAGUGAUGGGGAAUGCUGGAAAGCAAGGAGAUGUUGGUCCUCCUGGGCUUCCUGGACCAAAAGGCGAGAGAGGAGAACGUGGAGACCUUCAGUCCCAAGCAAUGGUGCGGGCAGUAGCUCGUCAAGUGUGCGAACAGCUCAUCCAGGGACACCUAGCCAGAUAUAACUCCAUCUUAAAUCAGGUUCCAAGCCAAUCUGUGUCAACUCGAACCAUCCCCGGACCGCCUGGUGAACCUGGGAGGCAAGGGCCACCUGGACUACAAGGAGAAUCGGGAUCUCCAGGAAGGCCAGGAUUUCCUGGCAGUUCUGGUCAGCCUGGAAGACCUGGUGAAAGAGGUUUGCCAGGGGAAAAAGGAGAGAGAGGUAGUCCUGGUGUUGGAACACAAGGACCACGAGGUCCCCCGGGUCCUACAGGACCUCCAGGUGAAAGUCGAACAGGUAGCCCAGGUCUUCCUGGCCCAUCAGGCCCAAGAGGCCCAACUGGUCACACAGGUGCUCCGGGGCCACAGGGUGCGUCAGGGCAACCCGGAUACUGUGACCCCUCUUCCUGUGCUGGUUAUGGAACAGGAGGUGGAUAUGGGGAUCCGACAGACGAAGAUAUCCCAGUCGUACCACUGCCGCAUAACUCCUACCAGCUCUAUGACCCCGAGGACCUUUACGACGGGGAACAGCAGCCCUAUCUAGUUCAUGGGUCCUACCCUCAUCCCCAGUCCUCCUAUCCAGCACCUCGUAUUGCUCAACCAGAGUUCAGGCCUGUUCAGGAUGAAACCGAGGCUGUUGAAUUGAGAUCCCCUGGAAUCAGCCGCUUUACAACAAGCAGAAUUUCCAAAAGAAGUGUUGGCUCUUCAGUGCGCAAGACAGUGAUUAAGAAAACGUCUUAAUGAACUGUUUCUUUGAUGUAUGUGUACAUUAUAUAUUAUUUUUAGGCCUUGGUCCAGUUGCCUAAACGAUGUCACAGAAAUUGUUUACAGGCUUUUAUGUUAAAGGGAAAAAAAAUUAUACUGUACAUGACCACUGGCAGAACAAGGAAAAUGCUAAUUACGUUGCAUGCCAGAAAUUAUUAGCAUUAAAAUGCUAAUUGCAUUGCAUGCCAGAAGUUAUUAGCAUGUUACUAGAUGAAUUCUCCAAGGAACCUUUUUUUCUAGUUCUUUACAGUUGUCAUAUGAUUAUGCUUCAGUUCAUACUAAGAAAACCUGCAUAAACAGCUGGUAUGUUUGAGUCAAUCAAGAAGAGUUAAGUACAGUAAUGUCUUGCUUUUUGAAUGCGUCUGUUCAAAUUUUGAUUUGUGUGUAACCCUACUAAAGCCAGUUGUAUUGGUUGCUUCUUUUUUUAAAACCCCUUUUUUAAAAGAAGAUUUAUAUGGUGGGAUUGUCUUCCCAUAGUAUUCCGAUAAAUACCUUUUAGAAACGCAUCAAUAAUUUAUUGUGGAUUCCUUACUACUCUGUUUUAUACACAAAUAAACAUGGCAAACUUUUAUAAA